AUGAAGGUGGUACUAGUAGGGCUGCUUUUCCUCUGUGUCAUGGCCAUACAUUCUGAAGCAACAACUAUUAAACUCUGUGGGAGAGAAUUUGUCAGAGCUGUUGUCUUUGCUUGUGGAGGAUCACGGUGGAGAAGACAACUUGGUGACCCUUUCUCAGAAGUGCUCAUAGAUGCCAAUGGAAAUUACAUGGAGAAGUCAAAAUCCCAAAGCAACGAAUUAAUCCAGUACUACAUGGAGUCUAAGAAAGAUUUGCAAGACAUGCAACAGAAGUCUGUACACAAAAGAAGCAAGGAUGUUGUGCAGCUUACAAUCACUUGUUGUACUAUUGGAUGUAGUGCAAACACUAUAAAUUCACUGUGCUAAAAUAUUAAAGUCCUGCUAUGGAAGCUUAUCUAAUUAAGACGCAUCAUGUCUAGAAUAUAGCAUUUUCAAAUCUUUUCUGUUACACUUUGUAUUCCCCAGCUCUGCAGAUGCUCCUAACUCCUAUUUUGUUUAGGAUAUUACAUAAAUUAGAAACAUAUUAUCCA